AUGGCCACAAACGACGCCCGCAGCGUUGAAGACUACCUUAUUCCCGGCAACGGCCCAUCCGACCUAGCUCGCACAGGCGUCUUCGCCGCCUUCGCCGCACUAGCCUGGUACAACUCCAUCGAGCUCGUCAUCCUCUGCUUUUUCUCCUUCAGACGCUGGAAGGGCAUCUACUUCUGGAGUCUUCUAAUCUCCUCCGGCUGCAUUAUCCCGUACACCCUGGGGUACGUCCUUCUCUUCUUCCGGACCGGCGUUACCCCCUGGCUAUGCGUGACCCUCGUCCAGCUGGGCUGGUACGGCAUGAUCACCGGCCAGUCGGUCGUGUUAUGGUCCCGCCUGCAUCUCGUGCUGCAGAAUAGGAGACUGCUCCGCGGUGUGCUAUGGAUGAUCUGCAUUGACGCUGUCAUUUUUCACAUCCCGACUACGGUUCUCUUGUACGGGACUGUUGCUCAGCCGGCGAGUCACUGGGCCCGCGCGUAUAAUAUCAUGGAGCGAGUGCAGCUGGUCGGUUUCUGUGUGCAGGAAUUGAUUAUCUCUAGCAUCUACGUCUGGGAAACGAUUAAGCUGCUUCAUCUCAGGCCUGAAGGUCGCCCUCAUGGCAUUCUGAACCAGUUGCUGGUUAUCAAUAUCCUCAUUCUUCUCUUGGAUAUCUCGGUCGUCGUCAUUGAAUAUGUCGGCUACUAUGCUAUACAGGUCAUGUUCAAACCUGUCGCUUACAGUAUCAAGUUGAAACUUGAAUAUGCUAUUCUUGGUAAAUUGAUCGCGGUUGCUCGUGGUGGCGGCUCCGAUAGUCAGGAGAUGCACUCCAGUACGCGGGAGAUCACCGAGUCUAGCUCGUUUCCGUCGAAUGGGGAUCGGCCUGCGAACCGGGAGACGCCGAUGCGUGUUCGUCGCGAGUACAGUCCAUCGUGGUUUGGGGGAGGAAGCUCUGGUCAUUCUACAUCUAGUUUAUCUGGUGUCCUGCAGAAUCCAUGA